UAGGAUUAAAUAAUUCUUACAGCUCAACAUAUAUAAAUUAAUAGCCUCAUGCUUCUCCAUCUCCUACUAUAUAUUCACUAAUACUAAUUAAUCAACCAUCGUUUCAAAGUGCUCUUCCUUGUACGUCUCUCAUGCAAAAAUUGACACAAUUUGGAACGAACAAUUAUUAGGUUUGGUGCAUCUCGAUUAAUUCACCAGGUAUAUGAUAUCUGCUACCAUCACGGAUAUUAAAUUCUACUAAAGUUUAGACAGAUUUAAAAAAAAAAACUAUAAUUUUGGAUCUCUUAUUGAAUUUUGGACACUCACGACGACGGGCGGUACAUGUGUUUUGGUGAAUAAUUUGUGUAUAUGCAGAUGAAGAAAUCCGUCCGAGCGUACUUGAAUAGUCCAAUGGGUCCUAAAACAACUCACUUUUGGGGUCCUAUGGCCAAUUGGGGAUUUGUAAUCUCUGGAAUGAUGGAUACAAAAAAGACCCCAGACGCAAUAUCUGGCAACAUGACUGCAGUGUUGUGUAUAUAUUCGAUGUUGUGUAUGAGAUUUGCAUGGAUGGUGAGGCCUCGAAAUUAUAUGCUGCUAGCUUGCCAUGCUGCUAAUGAAUCUGUACAACUCUACCAAAUUUCUCGUUGGCUUCGCUAUAGGAACCUCCAACCAAAGGAAAAGGCAGCGGCUUCUGAUUAAUUACGAAAUAGCACGGAUUUAAGUAUUAUUUUUGUUAUGAUUGAUGUAACAUAAAAUUUGAAGAGACAAUCAAAAUUCUAAUAUGAUUUUUAAUAUUUUAAGUUGUUAA